AUGAGACCCCAGGAUUUGGGACCUGGGGGGAUUUGGGGUUCAGGGUUUGGGGUUCAGGAUGAUUUAGGGGUUCAGGAUUUUGGGGUUCAGGGUGCUUUUUUGGGGCGUCCCCCCAGGGCGCUGUCGGAGGCCGGGCAGGAGCGCGAGCGGCGGCGCCGGGGGCAGGAGCUGGCCAAGCUGCGGGAAUGGCGGCGGGACGAGGAGCGGCGCCGCGCGGCCGAGGAGCGGCGCCGGGACAGGGCCGAGGAGCGCGCCGCGCGGCAGAGAGUGCGGGAGAAGAUUGAGAGGGACAAGGCGGAGCGAGCGCAGAGGGUGCGGCUCCCCGACGGCCGCGCUCUCACGCAGAGUUUCCGCGCGCGGGAGCCGCUGGCGGCCGUGCGCCUCUUCGUGGAGCUGCACCGGGGCCCGGGGGGCUCGGGGGGCCCGGGGUGA